AUGUUGAAGUUAUUGGAAGAGGGGGCGGAUGUGAAAUGCACCGAUGUUAUUGGCUAUGCUUGUCUUCACCACGCAGUGCUAUGCGGACAUUACAAAUUAAUUAAACACCUAGUAAUGUAUGGCGCUGAUAUAGAGCAAGAAGGCAAUUUUUGCGGUUACAAACCAAUUCAUUUGUGUGUUUAUCCGGCCAACAAAGACAAAUGCUUGGAAGAGUUACUGAAAUAUGGUGCUCAACUAGAUGCCGUUGACUGUUUGCAAAAUACCUUACUACAUUUAGUGGUGAAGUUUAGACCCCAAGAUAUGAAUUUUAUCGAAAAACUGCUCGAUUACGGUUUAGGUCCAAAUGCCACAAAUAUAAUAGGAAACAACUGCCUCCACAUCAUUGCUGCAUCUCGCACAUGCUCUAUCGAAAAGGUCCUGUUUCUGGCGAGGAAAUUCAUACACAGAGGUGUUGAUAUCGACCGUAAGAAUACAUCAAUUGGUGAGACACCCUUACAAAUAGCAUCCCGUACAGGAAAGACGGUUUUGGUCGAUCUUCUUCUUCGUGAGGGGGCGGCAAUAGACGUGAGGAGCAACAUUGGAUUGACUGCUUUCGAGCAAUUGUUCGUGGAAAAUCAUCCAAUGACGGCCAUCAUCACCACCUUCAUUAAACACAUCGCUCUGAGAAAACACCGUGGGGAAAAUGUUGUAGACAGUAUUUUUAGGAAAAUUGCCUCCGAUGUGAAACUACAAAUCAUAUAUCGCUAUUACGACGAAGAUUUGGAGUAUCUGAAAUCCAUAAAUAUAGUUGAAACACACUGGUUUGAAUGA